UGAACAAAAAUGCAAUAUGCAUAUAACACAUUAAUCCUGUACACAACGAUUGGGUAAAAUAUAUUCUAAUUGAUGAUGUGUUACUCAAAUGAUAUGCCUCUAAUCAUGACUAAUAAUUAUUUAUUUAAGUCAUAUGCCUAUUUCUAAACAUCUAUGGAUUAAUUUUAAUGCAUGAAUAAAAAAACCUAAUAGGUCAUUUAACAUUUUUAUAUGUAUCGAAUUAUUUAACUUUGAUUUUUCGACUAUCAAAUAUUUUCUUCAGACCAAGUUCAAUAAAGUUACAACCAUGCUAGAAGUUUUUGAGUUGCAAUGUUUUAUUCAAAAUUAUUUGUGGGGGAAAAAAGGUUCUGCGAGUGAAGUCAGUCGUUUGAGUUUGGCUGGCCAACAUAUAGAUUUUAUUGAUGAAACACAGUUUUAUGCUGAAUUGUGGAUGGGCGCUCUUCAUAAAAGUCCUUCAUUAGUAAAAAAGUCUGGACAAAAACUGAGUAACUGGAUAAAGAACAACAAUGAAGUAUUGGGUGAAAAAUCUAGAUUACAAUUUGGUGAUCAAUUACCAUUUUUAAUGAAAGUGUUGUCUAUAAACUCAGCUCUUUCCAUCCAAGUGCAUCCAUCUAAGGAUUACGCUGAAGAAUUACAUAAACAAUAUCCUGAGCUAUAUCAAGAUUCUAAUCAUAAACCAGAAAUGGCUAUUGCACUAAGUAAUUUUGAAGGACUUUGUGGUUUCCGUCCAUAUUCUGAAAUUAAAUUUUUUUUAGAAGAAAUACCGGAAUUUCAAACAAUUGUUGGAUAUGACCUUAUUGAUCAAUUUAAAAAAGAUACUACCAAUUCACAAUAUUUGCUUAAGGAUAUCUUUUAUAAGCUACUGACAUCUGAAAAAGAAAUUAUUAGCCAAAGUCUUAACAGCCAUAAGAAAAAGUUGCAAAUUCUAUGUGAUGAUAAAAAAAAUGUAUUCUUAGCAAGACUAUUUAAUCAACUUGAUUGUUGGUUUCCAAAUGAUGUUGGAUGUUUUUGCAUAUAUUUUUUAAAUUAUAUUCAACUCUCACCAGGUCAAGCAAUAUAUUUAGGAGCUAAUGAACCUCAUGCUUAUAUUUAUGGUGACUGUGUUGAAUGUAUGGCUUGUUCUGAUAAUGUGGUAAGAGCUGGAUUGACACCAAAAUAUAUUGAUGUGAAGACGUUAUGUAGGUUAUUAAAUUUUAAUGGGGCACCUGCUGAAUCAAAGUUGUUUUGUGGAGUUAAAGAAAACUCUUACACAACACUUUUUAGACCUCCUGUUCCGGAUUUUGCAGUGGCUUGUAUUAAAGUUCCUGUUGAUGAAAUUUAUGAAUUGUUGAAAAGAGAUGUUGCUUCUAUAAUUAUUAUUAUCCAUGGUCAAGGCAAAAUAAAUGCUCCACAAGAGUUGAUAUUAUCACCAGGAAAAGUUUUCAUGAUACCAGCUAAUGUUAUAAUUCAAAUACAAGUAGGAUUUGAGCCUUUAGAAUUAUAUCAAGCAUUUGUAAAUUUAUAAAUCAAAUUUUAAAUAGGUAGUAAAAUUGUUUGCUCUCUUCAAUUUGUCUUAGACAUCUUUAAUAAAAUAUACUAAAUUAUUGUAAAA